AAUAAUUUCGAUUUAAAAAAAACGAAGGGUGUGCUUUUCGAAGCUUUUCUCGUAGGAAGGAUUUUCUAAGGAAUUAAAAAAAAGUUUUUUCGUCAAAACUGAAAAGAUUUGGUGUUUUGUUUUGCAGUUGAAAAAGUGUUGUGAUUAGUGUACCGAAUUACCGAUGAUGGACACAAUUAUGAAACGCAGAAUGUGAACAUAAAAGACUCAAUCUAUAUUUUCAAUAAAACAAAUAAAAUCAGAACCAGUGAUUUAAACGCGAUUUGGCAUACGCAAUUAGACAAGAGAUUUUUUAUCCUUACCUAGUUUUCCUUGUUAGAGAAACAAGCAGAAAAUCAUGACUCAUGUUGCGACGUUUCUGAUUUUCUGUAUGGUUUUCAUCAUAUCCGCACAACGACCUAGCUCAAGUCAUCGCUCAGAUGUUUAUAUUGCUGGCUUCUUUCCGUACGGAGAUGGUGUUGAAAAUGCAGCUACAGGCCGAGGAGUUAUGCCUAGCGUCAAACUAGCCCUUGAUCACGUCAACGAACAUUCCAAUAUUUUAAGAAACUAUCGGCUUCAUAUGUGGUGGAAUGAUACAGAAUGUAACGCUGCGGUUGGAGUCAAAUCAUUUUUCGAUAUGAUGCACUCCGGACCCCAUAAGUUAAUGUUAUUUGGUGCGGCGUGUACUCAUGUUACCGAUCCAAUAGCAAAAGCUAGCAAACAUUGGCACUUAACCCAAUUGUCUUACGCCGACACGCAUCCAAUGUUCACCAAAGACGCAUUCCCGAAUUUCUUCCGCGUUGUACCAUCCGAAAAUGCAUUCAACGCACCGCGUUUGGCAUUGUUGAAGGAAUUCAACUGGACCCGUAUCGGAACAAUUUAUCAAAAUGAACCGAGAUAUUCAUUGCCACAUAAUCAUAUGGUAGCUGAUCUGGAUGCAAUGGGCUUUGAAGUGGUCGAAACGCAAAGUUUUGUGAACGAUGUCAGUGAAGCGUUGAAGAAAUUGGCGGAAAAAGAUGUUAGAAUCAUUUUGGGUAAUUUCAACGAGCAUUGGGCGAGGAAACUUUUUUGCGAAGCUUAUCGAUUGGAAAUGUACGGACGCUCCUAUCAAUGGCUCAUAAUGGGAACGUACUCCGUGGAAUGGUGGAAUAUUACCAGCGACUGUUCGCAGGAAGAAUUGGUGACUGCUUUAGAGUCAACGAUUUUAACCGAUCUGCUACCUUUGUCUACAACGGGUGAUAUCACCGUUUCGGGAAUCACGGCUGAAGAAUAUUUGGCUGAAUACGAUAGCAGACGAGGUGGUGAAUACUCUAGAUUCCAUGGCUACACAUAUGAUGGAAUUUGGGCGGCAGCUUUGGCUAUUCAAUACGUAGCACAUCGGAAGGAUCAAUUUUUGUCACGCUUUGAAUACCGUGUUAAGGAUUGGGAAAACAUUUUCCUUGAGGCAUUAAAAAACACAAGCUUCGAGGGCGUCACUGGUCCAGUGAGAUUUUAUAACAACGAACGUCGUGCCAAUAUUUUACUGAAACAAUUCCAAUUUGGCAACGAAGAAAAAAUUGGCGAAUACAAUUCCAUUCACAAUCGCUUAGACUUUUCCCCAGGAAAACCACUGAAAUGGAUUGGUCGUUCACCGCCGAAAGAUCGAACAUUGAGGAUCAUUGAACAUAGUCAAGUGAAUUUGACGAUUUAUGCGAUACUGGCAAGUUGUUCUGCUUUGGGAAUUUUGAUGGCAACCGUUUUCCUGGUCUUCAAUAUUAAAUAUCGUAAUCAAAGAUACAUUAAAAUGUCCAGUCCACAUUUGAACAAUUUGAUUAUCGUUGGAUGUAUGCUCACGUAUCUGAGCGUUAUAUUUUUGGGACUUGAUAGUGGCCUGAGCAGCAUAUCAGCAUUUCCAUAUAUUUGUACAGCAAGAGCCUGGCUGUUAAUGGCCGGAUUCAGUUUGGCUUUUGGUGCAAUGUUUUCAAAGACCUGGCGGGUGCAUUCCAUCUUCACGGACGUUAAGUUGAACAAAAAAGUGAUCAAAGAUUACCAACUGUUUAUGGUGGUUGGUAUUUUAUUGGCUAUCGAUUUAGUUAUAAUGACAACAUGGCAGAUUGCCGAUCCCUUCUAUCGCGACACGAAACAAAUUGAACCGCUGCAUCAUCCAUCCUUGGAAGAUGUUCUGAUUGUGCAAGAAAACGAAUAUUGUCAGUCGAAAAGCAUAACCAUCUUCAUUGGAAUCAUUUACGCAUACAAAGGAGUGCUUCUGAUUUUCGGCGCUUUUCUGGCAUGGGAAACUCGACACGUAUCGAUACCAGCUCUAAACGACUCCAAACACAUUGGCUUAUCAGUCUACAAUGUUUUGAUCAUGUGCAUCAUGGGCGCCGCCAUUGCAUUGGUUUUAUCUGAUCGCAAAGACGCCGUGUUUAUCUUGAUCUCUUUAUUUAUAAUUUUUUGUACGACUGGCACAUUGUGUUUGGUGUUCGUUCCGAAAGUAAGAUUGCUGGUUGAAAUGAAAAGAAAUCCUCAAGGGACGGUCGAUAAACGGAUCAGAGCCACAUUGCGUCCAAUGUCGAAAAAUCGUAGAGAUUCAUCCGUGUGCGAAUUGGAGCAACGUCUUAGAGACGUAAAGUCGAACAAUUGUCGCUUCCGUAAAGCGUUAAUGGAAAAAGAAGCCGAAUUACAGGCAUUGAUUCGUAAACUGGGACCUGAAGCACGCAAUUGGUUGGAUGGAGUCAGUUGCGAAUCGGAACCGUUGCUGAAUCAAUCGAAACUGUCAGUUCCAACAGUUCGCCGAGAUUUGCCAAGCACAACGGAGAUAACUGAAAUGACAUCCGUAGGUAGUGUGACAUCGACGCAUGCUGAACAGGAAAACGGAACGGUUACAACGGACAGUCGAAACGCGAAAAAUCUGCAAUUUCAAAUUGAUCCUGUUAUGCAGCCGAUGAUUCAAACCCAACAAAUUGCCGAUAAUAAGGUACCUCCAAAGAGUAACGAUACGCAACAAAAGGCACAUCAACGCCGGAAAAGUAAAACUCCUGACAACACCCCUGAUCAUAAAGUGCUUACAACGUCAGAGAGCAGGGAGAGCAAUCACUACAUUAAGAAUAAGACCAUGCAAUCACCGACUAGUCGAGGAAGGGACGCUGAUGGAUUCUCUUCUUCUCGCACAAAGAUCAACACCCAAUUUAAUUCUGCCACAAUGACGCAUUCUAACAGUGAAUUGAAUACCAUUUGUCCGCACAAUAAAGGUAGCACGAAAAACUUAAACGGCGAACAGCAACGCAGAGUAAGUGUACAGAUGGGUGCCGCCUUGAAAAGUAAUUUCGUCGUAUCACAAAGUGAUUUAUGGGACACCCAAACAUUAUCGCAUGCCAAACAGCGUCAAUCACCGCGUAACCAUCCGAAUCCACAACGUUGUCAAGAGCACGGUCACAUUGUAACAUACGAUCAGAACAAUACGACACCAAUCCAACGAUCUGUAUCAGAAAAGAACCGUACCAAACAUCGACACAAAUCGAAAGUGCUGAUGGGCCAAAGUGAAACGGACAGCGAACGUGAACGCGAAACCGUCAACAAUUGUACACAGACACGGAAAUUGAUCAAAUCCGCUCAUGCACAUCAUCAUUCAUCGCCGAAUGUUGCGCCCGACAAGCUUCGUAAGCAUCGAACGAAAACCGAAUCGUCGAUGUACGGUGCCAGUUCGGAAUCGGAACUGUUGGAUGGUGACACAGCCAUAUUGCCGAUAUUUCGAAAACUUUUAACGGAAAAACAGCCUAGAUAUCGUAGUAGAAAUAAUGUAGUCGGUGCAAGUUGUCCUAAUAUUUCAAUUAAGUGUGAUAUUGUUGAGUAUUUGUAAGAUGUGCGCAUAUUAUAAAGAAGAAAGAAAAGAAAGAAAAAAACAAAAACAAAUUAGUGGAAAAAAACAUUUUAUCGGUGUAAUUAGUUGAAUUAAAACCGCAACCAACCACAAAAAUAUUUAAACUUUUAUGCACAAACCUUUGGUUGUUGAUUUAUGGUACAAAGGAAUCAAAAUCGUCACUUAAAUACCCGACACACACCCACACCACUUCGGAAUUUAUCUAAAUUUAUGUGAGUAAAGUACUAAAGUAAUUACGAAAUUUGCACAACUAAAUCUCUCUAACGUAGCAUGGGCUAAGUAAUUUUUCACUAUUUUUUCUUAUCGGAUCGAUUUUUCUUUCGUCCACUCCGUAAACCAUGUUAAUUGUUCGACCAUGUUCCCCUGUAAAAAGGAACAGUUCUUCAGAAAUACACCCAAAAUGUGACUACAAUAACUUGAGGAACUCUGCGAUAGCUAUAAAUCAGUGUUCAUGAAAAUCGUAGCACAUCAUUAAUGUGUCCUCCAUUGAAAGAUGACAUAAUCGGUUCUUUCAGAACUUUGGUGUCGUUGCAGCAAACUGAUUUCAAGAAUAAACGUCUAUGCGGUCUUAAAAACUCAAGUUCAAAAAAAUGAAGUAAAAGAUUCGAAGUCCAUCUCAUGAAAAUACUUUCAUCAAAUGAAGUAAUAGAUGGUAAACCUUCUUGCUGUAUGUUAAAGGUUAAACUGUGAAUAUUCAAAAUUAUCUGACUCUCAGGAACAUUCUACACUUUAUUCAAUAAUCGAAUUUUGAGAUCGAGAAAACGACAGAAAUUUCAUACGCCCAAAUACAAACAUGUCUAUCGUGGUCUAUUGAAUUUUAAAAAUUAAGAAAACAUCGAAAUGUUUCUAACUAACGAUUUUUCCAUAUUUUAUAAUUGCAUGCAAAGCAUAAAAUGUGCAGUAUAGAGAGGACAAGUUAAAUACAUUUACAGAGAGAAGUAUAUCGUGAAAAAGUUACAAUUUAGCUUUUUCUGAAUGCACAUUCUUGUUACAAUGCACAACGAGAUAAGAACUAUAACGAAUUGGACGAUUUUUUGCUAACUGUAAGCUCGGGUUUAAUUGUGAAAUUAGCUCUGACAGGAAUUGAACUAACAAUUAAGUUCCAAACAAAACAUUUUUAUAUUUUAUUUCGAUGCCGAACGUUAUUUGAAGCAUUUUUGCAUUAAAUUAUGCAUGGAAAUUUUGCAUAAUUAAUUUUUAAUUUAGUAAAGAAAAAUUAAGAAAAUAAGCAAAGUCUGAAAUCUUCGUCAACAUGCGUGCAGCGCGCCAUCAUUUUAUUCAGUCGAAAUUGCGAAAAUUAACAUAUAGAACAAUCGGGAUAUUUAACAAAGAUGUAAACAAAAUGUCCUUAUUUAUUUGGCAAAUGACCCUUCUCCAUCGGGUUUUACAUGUUAUGAACACAAAAUCAGCUUUA